AUGAGUUCGAUUCAAGUUGUGCAAUGUGGCCGAGCGUCCUAUUGUCAUUGUUCAGCGCAUAGUCAAGGCAGAUGCACUGAGUACGCCAAGUACCUGUACGACAUGGUGUCCCCCAUCCAGAAGGCAUAUCCGGACAAGUUCAAGUUGUACUCGACCAAGGAGUCGAAAGAGCUGUACAUCCACAGCAAGCUGGUGAUCAUCGAUGACGUAUACGUCUCUUUGGGCUUGGCCAACUGGAACCGACGCAGCGUGACGAGCGACACGGAGAUCGGCAGGACACGGAGCUUGUCCAGUCGCCCGAAAACAUCACGGUGA